AUGGAAACACUGAUAGCUUUAAAGAAAAAUGUUAUUCAAAAAGAGCUUGAACAAAUCCAAACAACUAUACAAAAAGAACAGAAAAAGUUUUUCAUCCGAAACAAAUAUAUGCAAACUACAUCUCAAUAUCAGAAACGUGUGAAUGCAGCUAUCAAAAAUCGUCGACAACACAUGAUUGAACGUGCAAAUUAUAUGAAACAAUUCCGUUUAUCAGCAUCAUUCAAUCUAACAGAUCAUCGACUAUCAACGAACGAUUCGUAUAAAUAA